AUGAAUGAUAGUAUUUCUGAAAUGAGGAAACAAGAGGAUGAGGCAACAAACAAAAUUACCAAUUCACAAUCUAGGCGAGUUUCUUUGCCUAUUAGUAUAACUUCUGUUCCUUCAUUGAAUAUAACUGAACUAAGUAUUUCAGCAGCUUUGAAGAAAAGAAGAGUUAAUGAUUCUCCUCUUGGUAGAGCUUUUGACUUGCAAACUAGAGCUCAAUUAGAUAUAGAGAUUACUAGAAUGUUCUACACUGGGGGUCUACCUUUUAAUUUUACUAGAAAUCCUUAUUAUGUGAGUUCUUAUUCUUUUGCUGCUAAUCAUGUUUUGGGUGGUUAUAUGCUGCCUGGUUAUAACCAAUUGAGAACCACAUUAUUUCAGCAAGAAAAAACAAAUGUAGAGAGGUUGCUUGAACCAAUUAAAAGCACUUGGUUAGAAAAGGGUGUUAGUAUUGUGAGUGAUGGAUGGAGUGAUCCCCAGAUAAGGCCUUUGAUUAAUUUUAUGGUUGUUUCUAAGUCUAGCCCCAUGUUUAUCAAAUCUGUAGAUUGUUCUGGUGAAGUGAAAGAUAAGCAAUUUAUUGAUAAUUUGCUAAAAGAAGUAAUUGAUGAGGUGGGUCAUCAAAAAGUGGUACAAGUCAUUACUGAUAAUGCUUCAAAUUGUAAAGGUGCUAGAGAAAUCAUUAAGAAAAUGUUUCCACAUAUUUAUUGGACUCCUUGUGUUGUGCACACUCUUAAUCUUGCUUUGAAGAAUAUAUGUGCAGCAAAAAAUUUAGAAACUAAUCAAGAAACUUAUGAUGUGUGUCACUGGAUCACUGAAAUCCAUGGGGAUGCUUUGCAAAUCAAGAAUUUUAUAAUGAAUCAUUCCAUGAGGCUUGCAAUUUAUAAUCGGUUUAGCCCUUUCAAAUCACUUUCAGUUGCUGACACUCGUGUUGCUUCUAUUAUUGUGAUGCUUAAAAGAUUUAAACUCAUUAGGCGUGCUUUAGAAGCAAUGGUUAUGAGUGAUUAA